AUGGCUUUGAAUACAAACUUUUCAUCCUUCUUUGAUCCGAACAACAACAACAAUCCGAACAGUUUAAAUAAUACCGACGUCGGUGGAGAGGAUGAUGAUGAUGAUUCCAAUGCUUUAAGAAUUAAUCGACAGAAACUUCCGACGCAUGUGAUCAGAACUAUUCAAGAGAGUUAUUUGAAAGGAAAGGCUUUGUUUCAAGCUUUUGGAGAACAUCAAUUUGAUGUACAAGGUAAUAUCAACACUUGUGCCUUUGUGAGUGGAACGGGAGAAUAUAUCGUGAAAAUUAGUAGUGGAGCUCAUCAUACUCUCAUGUUAACGAAUGAUGGAAAGAUACUUUCGUUUGGAAAGAACCUUGAUGGUCAAUUGGGGAUUGGAGAACGCAGCGCCAAUUUUAAAAAAGAUAUUUCUGUGGCCAAACCACGAUAUCAAUUUAGUGAUGAAUUUGCAAUAGAUGUAUGCUGUGGAUCAAAUCACAGCGUAAUUUUAACAAAUUAUGGAAAUAUCUUGGCAUGUGGUUGGAACGAAUUUCAUCAAUAUGGUACAACACUGGGAGAUCAUGACACUUCUAAAUUUUCAUAUGUGGAAUAUAACAAUGCUGCAAAAAUGGUUCGCUGUGGAAAUAAUGCCACUAUUGUUUUAAGCAUUGAUAAUGAAUUGUCAAUGUGUGGUGCUGGUAUAACAGAAAAAGGGCGUUCAUGUAAUGUUAUGACUUCAAUUGAGGAUUUUUCAAAGCUGCUAUCUCCUUCAGAAACCAUAAUUGAUGUUCAAUGUGGAGCAGAACAUGUAGUUGUGAGAUCUUCAUUCAACAAUAUAUUCUUUGUAGGGCAAAACACUUAUCAUCAAAUGGGCAAGUCUCUUGGAGAGCAACGAAGGUUUAUCAACAUUACAAAAAAGCUUCCUUUCAAAAGAGAUGAAUUAUUGAGCUUUGCAUGUGGAUUAUAUCAUACUCUCUUUCUUUGCAAGAGUGGUGCUGUGUACGCGGCAGGAUAUAAUGGGUAUGGUCAACUCGGUACUGGAACGCUGACAGAUUCCGACUUUGUCCUUUUGACCGAUGUUUACAAGUAUGAUUUGACCUCUGUGUAUCGACAAGGAGUGUUAUCAACUUUUGACACUUCAAUGAUUACUUAUACAUGCCAUGUCAUUGAUACGGAGGACAAAUCUCAGUACAAUAUUGACCAGAAUGAAAUUAUCAAACAAGUGUAUGCUGGCUCAAACCAUUCUAUACUGGUGAGCAAUCUUGGAAAUAUUUAUUCAUUUGGGUUUGGGAGAUUUGGACAACUCAACCUGAACACUUCACAGGAUCAUAAUCCUCAUGUCACACAAAUGUUCUUGCCAAAAUCCAUGAUUGAUACAACCAUUUUCUCCAACUCUACAGCAAAUAUCACAAUUAUUGCUGAUCGACAGCCUAUCAAUUCUUGGAUGUAUAACAACUUGAGAAAACGAUCCAGACAAGGAGAACUUUUCGAUAUCAAUAUUCGUUGCUUAAAGUAA